AUGUACUCCAAAUUCUGGCCCAAGGGCGGUCUGCCCGGCAUUCUCCAUCAUUACACCGAAAGCCUCGUGACCUUCGAAUUCACCUCCAGCACCAUCCGCAAACCCCACAGCCUGGUCUUCAUCGGCGGCCUGGGCGAGGGCCUCGGCUCGACCUCGUACAUGGCCGACCUGGUGCGCGCCCUGCACCCCACCGACUGGUCCAUCUUCACCGUCAACAUCUCGUCCUCGCACCAGUCCUGGGGCCUCGGCCACCUCGACCGCGACACCGACGAGAUCGCCCAGUGCCUCAACUACGUCAGGGACUACAAGGCGUCCAAGCACGGCGGCGUCGCCGGCAAGCUCGUCCUGAUGGGCCACUCGACCGGCAGCCAGCACGUGCUGCACUACCUCUCGCGCCCGAACCCGCACGCCGCCGCCGCCCCGGCCUUCGACCCCGACCUCCAGCACGUCCGCCGGCCCGCCCUCGACGGCGCCAUCAUGCAGGCCCCCGUGUCCGACCGCGAGGCCAUGCAGCUGGUCGUGCACCACGGCUGGCUGGGCAAGACGCCCGCGCAGACCCGCCGCGUCUUCGACGAGCUCGUCGCCAUCGCCGAGGAGGCGACCAAGGACGACCAGGCGUGCGACUUUUUGCUGCCGCUGGAAAAGACGUCCGCCAUUGGCUACCAGAACACGCCGCUCUCCGCGCGGCGCUUCCUGAGUCUCGUGAGCCCGGAGAGCCCGCAGGCGCCGCGGGAGGACGAUUUGUUCAGCUCGGAUUUGGGCGACGAGCAGUUGAAGAAGACGUUUGGGAUGGUGAGGGAGAGGCAGCUGUCGGGGUAUGGGCUGAUGGUGUUGGUUUCCGGGGCGGACCAGGCCGUGCCGGAUUGGGUGGAUAAGGAGAAGUUGAUGGCGAGGUGGAAGAAGGCGACUGAUCAUGAUGGGGAGGCCGAGAUUUGGGAUGAGGAAUUCAGUGGCAUCAUACCGAAUGCUUCUCAUGCCCUGAGUAAUGAUGAUCAGGCUGAGUGCCGGAAGGAUCUUUGUGAGAGGGUAAUGGGGUAUCUGUUCAAAGUUCGAUGGCAUGAGGUAUCUGUGUAA